GGGGCCGAUGACGUCACGGAGGAGCGAGACGGGGAACAUUCAGUAAAAUAUGGCCGCUUUACGGCCUGAACCCGAAGAAAGCCUGGACAACCAGUGCAAUAACAAUGAUCCCUUGGAUGAUGAAAGCAAAGAAGUUGAAUGCGAGGGUACGGCGGAUGAAGCUCCUAUGUCAGAAGAGGAUUUUUUUCAGGAAAACACCGACGCAAAAGAAGAAACGAAAGAGUCUGCAGAGGCACUGAACAAUUCAUCCGUUCAUAGUGGCUUUGUACGAAACGGAGAAUCAACCCCGUGCCCUGAAUCUGACUCAGUAGUGCCAAAGGCACGUGCUCAUAAACCCGACGAUGUUUCCCAGGAUGAAGAUCUUGGGCUGGUUUGGUCCGAGUCAGAAGAUGAGUUGGACUCGAGGACAUGUAGCCUCUCGGGCAAAGAAGGCACGGGUAAUGAACUUCAGCAAGAGACUCCAGAGGACCAGACAACAGAAGACCUCGGCUUAGAUACUGGGAGUACCAUUGGACAUGAAGAUGCACUAGGACAUGAAGAUGCACUAGCACAAGAUGAGGAGGAAGAACUGACUGAUCUGAGUGUGGAAAUGGAGUGUGACAGUGACUCUAAGGAGGGUGAGGAGGAAAAGGGAGAGGAAAUAUCAGAAGAGGAGGAAGAAGUAGAACCCAAAGGUGAAGUGCAAAGUAAAGAACCUGAAGAAGGAGAGGAUAGGGGGCCAGGUGACGAUGAGGAGUGCCAUGAGGCUGAUGUUGUGGAUAAGCAGCGGAAAACUCGCCUGAACUGCCGUGACUGUGGCAAAAGCUUCACUCGACGAGAGACAUACGACCUGCAUCGCCACUUCCAUAUGCAUCAAGAUGAGCAGGCUUCUCUCACCUGCAAAGAAUGUGGCCUCACCUUUCAGCAUCGCAGUAGCCUCAUCAAGCACCGCAGCGAACACAAACAGAACGGUAUACCAGAUUCAGCAUUGGUCUCUUAUAAGCGGUCUCAGCUAAGGGAGUUCAGGGAAGAAAAGAUCUUUGAAUGUGACCAUUGUGGUGAUUGUUUUGCAUCUCUGAUUCGUUACAAGCUUCAUGCCUGCCAGCAGAGCCUGGAGAAGCCUUACCGCUGCCCUCUGUGCCGCAAAGAGUUCCAGUACAGAGUGUCCAUCAAUGCUCACAUGCAGAGCCAUUCAUUAGAGUGUCCUUACAGGUGCCUCGAGUGUAAUAAGGGCUUUCAGUGUGCUGUGACAUUGCACAUCCAUCAGCGCUCCCAUGCUGCCCUUAAACCUUAUGAAUGCCCUGAUUGUGGUAUGGUCUUCCGGCACCGCUCAUUCAUGGAUGACCAUCGCCGCAAGCACACCGAGGAAAGGCCACACCGGUGCACCAUAUGUGGCAAAAACUUCAAAUACGGCAGCCUUUUGCAACAGCACCAAUACCUUCACACUGGCCAGAAGCCAUACCGGUGCACAGAAUGUGGGAAGAGGUUUGCGUUUGCACAGAAUAUGCGUGCACACUGUCGCCAACACAAGAAACUCACUAGUUCUGCUGGUUUUGAGGCAGCUAUUACAGAAAACAAUGAAAUGCCCAAUGGUACAGGUUUAGGAUCUAUAGGGAAAGAGAACACCAAUACAAUCAUGGAGCACCAGCGUAACUGUCCACUGUGUCCUCAGCUCUUUUACAAAGCAGCUGACUUAAGGGCCCAUAUAUUGGCACAUGAGGCAGAAUAUGAAAAAUUGAGUAAUGGGAAAAGAAAUUACAAGGUCUAUGCCUGUCCCAAUUGUCCUCUCCAGUUUUUGGAUGAAUCCACCUUACAGUCACAUGCCUUGACUCAUCAGGUUAUAGCAACUCCACUGAAGAGGGAGGUUCUCAGUGUAGCAAGCUCAGCUAGCGUUGAUAACAUUUCAACAGAUGGAGAAUGGGGAGACCAGGCAGACAAAAAACCUUUAAGAUGCAGAGACUGUGGCAAAAGCUUUCGUUACCGUUCUGUUUUAGAGCUUCACAUGCGCAUACACAACAGGGGUUACCAGUGCCACGUUUGUAAAAAGUCAUUCCGAUUCAGCAGCUAUUUACAACAGCACUUGAUCAUCCAUUCCGGCAAGAAGCCAUACAAGUGCCCUGACUGUGGAAAGGACUUUGCAUUUCUUCAGAACAUGAAGACUCACCAGAGACUGCAUCAACAGAAACCUUUUCGCUGCACACAGUGUCGCAAGGGCUACAGUGAUGAGAGUCAGUUGCAGCGCCACAUGCUUUGCCACUCAGGAGACAAGCCUCACAAAUGUCAUGUCUGCAACAAGAGUUUUGGAUUAGCAUACUUACUUCGUGACCAUCUGAACACCCAUACUGGGGAGAGGCCACAUCGUUGCCAAGAGUGCCAUAAAUCAUUCCCCUGGCUAAGCAGUCUCCUUGUUCAUCAAAAAAUACAUGCACGAAAACGUCAAGGAGCAAGCCAGUCCUAUUCUUCGACUGUUGGUUCCCAAAGAGGGAGGACAAGUGCUGUUGGAAGGGGCAGGAGAAGUGGUAGAUGGGUUUCAAGUUGGUCAAGAAUGGGAGGUAAUGUGGACAGGGCAGUGCCGCUGCAACAGGCUCCUUUUACAGAUCAGAUUUUGCAGGGUUCAGUGCCAAGCUUGUUGGGGCAAGAUUCGGACAGGAACGAGCAAACUCAGCUUAUGCCCAUUCAGUUUCAACAACAGUGGCAAAUCCAAAUUCACUCACAGCUACAACAGCAGUCUAAAUGGUUGUCUGAAGGACAAUCUAAUAAUUUCAGGCACCAGUGGCAAUCAGCAACACAUCUCAAACCGAUCUUGCCAAAACCAGAUGGUCUCCCCAAGAUUGCACCUCAACAGCAGAGUGCUGGCUGGGCUGAGGUGGCACCAUCAGGUCAAGCUGGCACAGCUCCCAAACAGAUUCCAGAGAACUGCACAGCACAAAAUAACUGUGACGCAGCUUCAACUAGCACAUCGUCCCCUACUAGGGGCUGUACUGAUGGCCCAUCCAAGAGUGAAGCAAAGGUGCAGCAACAACCUUCUUUGGGGGUUAAUUCACCGUCAUCAACUCCAAAGUCACCAGGCACAGCACAAGGGACACGUUCACCAGUGUCAAACACUCAGAAUUCUCCAAACCAUGGGUUAAAUAUUCAAGGUCAACAAUUAUCACAGUGGCCAGUCUCUGAUUCAUCCCAAAACACUAACACGGGACUUGGUUCAUCAGGAAAGGAAAAUGUAAUUACUUUUAGCUUAAAUACGCCAGCAGGCACACUGCAGGUUAACACAGAAUCCGAUAAUUCUGAGCAGCCACAAUUACAGCAGUCAUCUACUGUAGCCAGUGCAACGAUUUCAACACAAACAAGGCAAAAUGCAGAUGUGGUAGAUGACAGUAAAAACAACGGUAAGCCUUUGAAUAUCGUAACUCCUGUUGAAAUUUCUAAAAGUGUAAACUCACAAGAAAAACCUGCGAAUGAAACAGGGGCUCAACAUCCCCAGCUCCAUAUAAUGCCAUCCCCUUCACAACAGCAACAUCAGCAGUUGCAGCUGGUCUUGCAACCACCACAGCAAAUUCAGCUUCUACAGCAAACAGUGCAGCAGAUGCAACCUGAACAAUUACAGCUUCUUCAGCAACAGCAGUUUCAUCAGCCCCAAACAAAUCCAUUAGGAUCAGUCAGUGUGCAGUUUGGAGCAGCUCCUUUUUCUCAUGGGAACGGAAGCACAGUGUUUGGCUUCCAGACCACUCCAGUUGUUUCCCAAGCUCUGUUAAAUGGACCAGUGCAGCAGGGGCCACAGCAGCAAUCCCCUCUCGUUUCUGCCUCUCAGAUCCUCUUAAAUCAGGCCUCUCCUUUUAUUACCUCACCACUCCCUCUGGCACCUUCUCUUGCUUUGCCAGGUCCUCAUCCGAUCCAUUCUAUAGCAGGGCAACUUCCAGGUCCAGCACCUCAGAACAUCUUCUUCACUCCACCAGGCAUAAUGAAUGAGAGGCCAGUAAUUCCACAGGCUUCGCCCUCAAUUCAAGGAGGACAACGAACUGAACCGAACAAACUUAUCGGUCAAAUUUCAUUUUCCACAGAUCAGCGUUUUCGUUGCAUGAUCUGUGGAUGCACAUUACCUGGAGAACUAGAAUUACAGGUGCACUAUAUGCAACAUGUACAAGGUGAGGUCUGAUUUUGUAGUGUUAACGUCCCUCUACACCUUUAAAGUGUCUGGCUGUUAAUGUGCCAAAAGGACUGUUGUAGAUGAUGCUUGUUACUCAUUUCCUCAAUUCUGAAUUUCUCCUUGUAUUCUGACUGUGUGAGAUGUGAAGUGACCACCAGUAAUUAGUCAGUUAAUAAAAAUGACAUUUUCAACAUGUUCAACAUGUACAGGUUCAAAUACUUAACUUACUAAGUUUAUUUCACUUUGCAAUGAAUUUAUCACCCAUGUUAAACUAUUGCUUAGGUUUUUUAAGUAGUUUAUUUUUUGGUUUUAUAAGUCCAAAUAUAAUGUUCGAUGAUUCAUUUUCCAAUCUAAAGCAAGUCUACUGCUUAUACAAACCCAGGCUAAUGUUCUCGAUCUGUAAUGACACAUUGCACUUAUUCAUCAAAGUUGCAUAGAAACAAUAGCAGAUUUUAGCACACAGACCAUGAAUCCAUGUCUGAUUCAUGAAACCAUCAUACUACAUUCCAAAGAGCCUUGUUUUUUAAUGAACAGAAAGCCCCUUUUUAUGUAGAUUUUGUGACAGUGAACCAGUAAAAGAAUAGGAUUUAUCAGGCUAUCCAAGAUACAAAAAAAGCCAAAGCCAAGUUAGAGGUGCUUUUGUCCGAAGUUACUCUAAAUAAGAAGACAGUUUUAAGGUCAAAAUCGGGUAUAAAACCAAUGUGUUUUCCAACCUCACCUGCUGGUAUGUGAGCUAUAUUUAUGGCAGAGUGUUUUUAUUCAUCCUAAAUAGGUCAGAUUAGGCUCAAAUUGGAUUUAAUUAACUUUAUUUAUGAAUAGAUGAGCCAAGUGUUCACCCUGAACAAAUAAACAAAUCUUCAUUUCCUAUAAAGCACUAAAAGAAAUUAAUCAAACACUAAGAAGACAACUACCAAAAUACUUAAAAUCAUGCCUAAUGUGUUUAGAUCUUGAUAUGAAAACUAAAAAAAAAAAAACACAAUUAUAUUAAAGUGUCUUUGAAUAUCCUGCCUGUCCAAGAUGCUACAUGUAGGACAGAGCAUUAUGGUGCCUCUUGUACAUAAAUGUGCAUAUAAAUUUCUUAUCCUACUCAACUUCCUAUACAUGAUACAGUUAUUGAUGAUACUGUCAUUGUUUUUUUAUUAUUUAACUGCAAAUCAAUUAUUUUAGGAUGUUCAAAUGUUGUGCUCAAAUUUACACAUACUGACCAGACAUGAAUUUUAUCAGACAUGAAAUUUGACCACACGCAACUUUAUUGAAUAAGGGCCAUUAUGUGUCGUCAUAUGUUCAUAUCAGUUUCUCUUGUUUUAUUUACUGUACAGCAUUUUCUGUCAAAUCUCUGAAACACUGAACUGCUUUUAUUGUUUAAGGCCUGUAUUUGUAAGUUAAAAUGGCAAACACAGGAGGAAAAUAUCACAAGGCCCUUCAUAUAAGAUCACUGAAAGUUAUCUGUCUACCUCCGUCUGAUCCUUGUAGUUUUAGAGUCAAUAAAUUUUGAUUUGGAAUUGA